AUGGACGAAGAUUCAGUAGAGGUUGUUGAUAUCGGCUUGGCUGAUCUUUCUUGGGCGGAAUUUAUAAAGUCUCGUGCUUUAUACAGUUUAACAAAUUCCAGCACAACAUUUCGCCUUGAGUUUUUGAACCAUUCUUUAUUACCUCGAAUUAAGGCUGAAAAACUAUCAGAUAAAACACUUGGAAGCCUACUUUACCUAAUUUUCCUUACUUAUUCGAGAUAUAAUGAUAGACCUUCGCGUUUUGCAAUGAUUAAUGUUUUAAAAGAGCUUAAUAAUUGGAACUCGGACCAAUUCUUAAGGUCUUUUGUUCCAUUGGUCAUAAAGGAAACUGAUAGACUGAAUCAAAAGAGUCCCGAUGGUACCACUUAUACGACACCCUCUUCUAAUCGAUUUGUUCUUCUCACGUGGGUCAAUUUAUUGAUCUCGUUUGCUAUAUCAAAAAAAUCUCCGGAAGAUUCUCCUUAUUGGAAGAACUUAGUAGACGCUCAGGCAAUCUUGCUGCAUUCAUUAAUCAGCGAAAAUGAGAAAAGAAAAAAUAUAAAACGUAGUGCAUUGUUCGACGUUAGGCGAUCCAUUCGCAAGAGUCCAUUUGAUAUUCCCUCAUACAUUUCUUAUUUAAUUUCUAAUGCGAAAGCAUGUAACCCUAUUUAUAAGAAUGCUGUUUUACUAGGAACCGUUAUUGAUUGCUCUUUGAAACUCAGAAAGAGCGUCGGUAAAUCUUACGUCGAGAAUGCAAAGGACGACAUAAUACAAUAUUAUAUCACGGCUAUUGCUUCUUCGAAGACCCCAGUACCAAAGAUUUCCGCGGAUGCAUUACAUGACUUCAUGAACGUUGUAGUCACUGAAGAGGAUUUUCGGACUAAACUAACACCGAUUUUAGAGAAACAGCUUCUGAGGGCGCCAGAAAUCGUAAUACAAAUGGAUGCCGCGGAAUUGUUAAAUAUUUUAUUUGAAAAAAGUUUGAAUGAGGAUGUGGUUAUAGAGAUUGUUAAUUAUAUCAUACAAACACUAACAGGAGGAAAGAUGUCUAACCCAGAGCAUCGUAUUAUCUUAUUACAAACUCUCGCUCAUGUUCACCAAUCACCUAUUGUUGUCAAAACCGUAAUUAAUGGACUUUUUCCUAUCGUUUCAAAAGAGAGUAAUGAAACUUCUUUAGCUAUAGCUAAAGCGAUCGACACUUUGGGAUUACAUGUUGGAUUAUUACUAAGAUCUGCGCAAGAUAUUUCAUUUGUAGAAAAGAUCAUUAAGGUUAUCGUAGAUGGAUUGUUUAGUACAAAGGCUGGCGUGAGGAAAGCUUGGGCGAUUAUAAUUGGUCGAAUGGUUUGGGAAGAAACCAAUUCCCCUUCCACUUCAUUGAAAAAUGCUACGCAAAAGUUUCUCAACCCACUUAUAUCAACAUUGGAAAAGAUCCAAUCAAACCCUCUCGUUUUCACAGGAGAUGAUUUAAUCGGCGCAAAAAAACUUAUGCAAAAUGUUUUAGUAACUGCACUUAAGCCUUCUUUUUUAUUUUGGGAUAAAGUCUACUCCAAAUUGAGUACUUAUGAAGAAGGAUUUUGGUUUAUUCGUGCUCUUGAAGGAGUUUUGCUUGAUAAAAAUGAAGCUUUGGUGUUUUUAUCUACGGCGUUUAUUUAUAUGAUAACGGCGUUUUCUAAUCAUCAAAUACGUCAUGAAACGUAUGAUACUCUGAAAAGGUGUAUUCAAGGUAACAUUGAACCCGUAGGAGAAAUUUUCCGUAAAGGAUUGACACAAUGGGUUUUAAAUCUUGAGAAAAACGUUAAAGAUUCUACAGCGAUAUUGGCGUCUGGAUUUGCUCAUUCUGACCCUAUUGUAAAUGCGUACCGACUUUCACAAGUGCUCACGGCUAUUACUACUUUUUCUAAAGAGGAGAAUAAACAUGAAGUUGAAUCCUCACUUGUCGAAUUGAUUGUUCUGGCUCACCAUCCAUUGAUUGUAUCACCUAAUAAUAAAUAUAAUUGGAUCUCGUUAGUUCAAAGAGCUCAACUUGAUCCUGGAAAGUUAGUCGAAAAUUAUUCAGGUCGCCUCCGACAAAUAAUUCAAGAUAAAAUUGAGAUUGGUUAUGAAUCGAAAUAUUUCUAUAAAGCUGCAAUAUCGGCGAUUGCCACUAUUACUUUUAUUUCUCCAGAAACAAUAAUACCCUUAUUUUUGACACAAUGUCACAGAAAUUUGGAUGCCUCAUUAUUUGAGAAUAUAGGUAAAAAGGAGAUUGAGAUUUGGAAAACUGAAGAAGGAACUUUAUUCAUUGAUGUUCUCAAACGUAGUAAGAAGGUUAUUGUAGAGAAUCGUAAUCGAAAAGAUUAUAAAACGGAAAAGUGGGAACGUGAAUUACGCGAAUCGAUUGCCAAAAAGAAGGGAACCACUAAACUUACAAAGGAGGAACAAGCCGCAGUAGACGCACAAUUAGCAAAAGAAUCCGAAAUACGUAAAAAUGUGGAACAAGUUCGUUUAACGUUAAUAAGAGGUCUAGAUAUCGUGGAUGCAUUAGUCGAAAGCAAUUCUGAAGCUAUAGAACAACAUAUUGUGGAAUUUAUGAGACUUUUGAAUAUUAUCGUGCAAAAAAGUGGUCCUUUAGUUGGUGAUAAAGCUGUCAACACGUAUUUGCGAAUUAAUAAGUGUACAUCAGAAAAAAUUGAAAGUAUUCGUGAUUUCAUCGGUUUAGCGACUCUUCGUGCUAUGGAUGUUCAAGAAGUUCCUGAGAGAUGGUUACAAGAACCGUUAGGUCACCUUGUUACGCGUGUUCUUUAUCGUCUGAGGUUUAUAAGUGAUCGUUCGUUAUUACCCCCUUCAUCGUUCGCAUAUUGCUUUCCACUUAUUCAUCAAGUCAUUAAUAAAGGUGGCAUUGGGUACGAAAGCAAAGAAGAAAGGGAUGUUGAAUUAUUAAUGGAGCAAAUUGCGCUUGGGUUAGAUGUUUUAUCUUUCCAUUCAGCAAUAGGUUCUUCACCUUUAUUGCCUCGAACAGAAAUGAUUCAAGUUCUUUUACAAAUUAUUAAAGAACAUCCUAAAUUGAAUAAAAUAGCAAGAACAGCUUUAGUAAAUUUAUGUGAAGCCAUUGGGGAAACUGCGGAAAGAAAGGAAAUAGAAACAAUACUUAAUGGACUAUUAUCUUCAGAGUCAUUUGUUCGUUAUGCCUGUUUACAAGCAUUGAAUUAUUUGGAUCUGACUGAAAUUGAUUUUUCUUGCGAAUUAUGGGUUUCGUGUUUUGAUGAGGAUGAAAAUAAUUCAAAGUUGGCCUUAAUUUUAUGGGAAGACAAUGGAAUGGAUGUUGACCCAAAUUAUGCAUUGGAGCUAUUACCUUUAUUGAUUCAGGAUGAAAAAUAUGUUCAAGUAACCGCUUCUAAAGCAAUAGGUAAAGCUGCGGCAUAUUUUCCAAAUUCAAUUACAGAAACAUUAAAUUUAAUUUACAAUCUUUACAAAGAAAAGGCCAUUCCAAUAAAGCCAGAAUAUGAUGAAUUUGCUAUGGUUAGACCAGAAUCUUUGAAUAAGAAAGAUCCUUGGGAAGCUCGUGUUGGAGUGGCGCUUGUUCUUGGCGCUCUCGCACCAAAUAUGAAACCAUCAGACUUAAUUCAGUUAUUUGAAUUCCUCAUCAAUUGUGAGGCUGUUGGUGAUAUUAAUGCACAAGUUCGACAAAGGAUGUUAGAGGCUGGACUAGCCGUUAUUGAUGCACAUGGAGCUAAAAAUGUUACGUUGUUAAUGCCAGUUUUAGAAAAUUAUUUAGACAAACCUGAUUCUCCUUCUGAAACACAUGAUCGCAUACGCGAAUCUGUUGUUAUUUGGUUUGGAGCUUUAGCUCGACAUUUAAAUCCUACCGAUACUAGGAUUCCAGUUGUAAUAUCUAAACUUCUUGAGACAUUAAAAACUCCUUCUGAAGCUGUUCAAACUGCAGUCGGCGAAUGUUUACCACCACUUAUUAAAUCAAUGAAAGAAAAUGCACCCAACUUAAUCAAGGGACUGCUGGAUCAGUUAUUCCAUUCUGAAAAAUAUGCCGAACGAAGAGGUGCUGCGUUUGGUUUAGCUGGCGUUGUUAAAGGCACGGGCAUUUCGGCUUUAAAAGAUUGUAAUGUUAUGACAUCAUUAAAAGAGGGUGUUGAUAACAAAAAAGACUAUAAAAGUCGACAGGGUGCACUUUUUGCUUUCGAAACAUUAUCACAAGCUUUGGGACGCCUUUUUGAGCCUUAUAUUAUUCAGAUACUUCCAUUGCUUUUAGUUUGUUUUGGGGACUCACAUCCUGAAGUUCGAGAAGCAACUUCGGAUGCUUCACGAGUAAUAAUGAGCAAGAUUAGUGGACAUUGUGUCAAACUUAUUCUUCCUUCAUUAUUAGCAGGACUUGAUGAUCGGCAAUGGCGAACAAAGAAGGGUUCGGUUGAAUUAUUGGGUGCGAUGGCUUUCUGUGCUCCCAAACAACUUUCUAUUUCUCUUCCUACAAUUGUUCCGCGGCUGACGAAUGUACUUACAGAUUCACAUACAAGUGUCCAGUCUGCUGCUAAUGAAGCAUUGUUACAUUUCGGGGAAGUUAUUAAUAACCCUGAAAUUCAAGCCUUGGUACCAAUCUUACUUAAAGGUCUUAGUGACCCCGAUAAGCAUACUAAUGCCGCAUUAAAUUCGUUGUUAGAAACUGCUUUUGUACAUUAUAUUGAUGCGCCAUCACUAGCAUUGGUGAUGCCAAUACUUGAGCGUGGAUUAAGGGAGCGAGGAACAGAGAUCAAAAAAAAGUCUUCGCAAAUAGUUGGUAAUAUGGCAUCUCUUACGGAUGUAAGAGACCUUGUCCCGUAUUUACCUAGACUAUUGCCUGGACUCAAAGAAGUACUAGUUGAUCCUGUACCAGAUGCUCGUGCUACUGCCGCAAAAGCACUCGGUACUAUGGUUGAAAAACUUGGUGAAGACAAAUUUCCUAACCUUGUCAAUGAACUUGUACACACUCUUAAGUCCGAUACAAGUGGUGUCGAUCGACAGGGUGCUGCUCAAGGUCUUAGUGAAGUAUUGGCAGGAUUAGGACUUGAAAGACUUGAUGGACUUUUACCAGAAAUCGUUAAUAAUACAAAUAGUUCAAAAUCUUACGUUCGAGAAGGAUUCAUUUCGUUGCUUAUAUAUCUUCCCGCUACAUUUGGUCUUCGAUUUCAGCCUUACCUUGGUCGAAUUAUUCCACCAAUUUUGUCUGGUCUUGCGGAUGAAUCUGAAUACGUACGUGAUGCUUCACUUCGAGCAGGUCAAAUGAUUGUGGCAAAUUAUGCAACGAAAGCUGUGGAUCUUUUACUUCCUGAAUUGGAGAUAGGAUUAUUUGAUGAUAAUUGGAGAAUUAGGCAAAGUUCUGUCCAACUUAUGGGAGAUCUACUGUACAGAAUUACAGGCAUCAGUGCCAGUAGAAAGGCCUUACUUCAAGUUCUUGGGAAGGAAAGACGUGAUCGUGUUUUGGCUGCUCUUUAUAUUGUAAGACAAGAUGUUUCCGGUAUUGUUCGUCAGGCAUCAAUUCAUGUAUGGAAAGUUAUUGUAUCAAACACUCCUCGUACCGUUAAAGACAUACUUCCAAUUAUGAUGGGGAUGAUUAUUCGUAGUCUUGCAAGCCCUAGUUAUGAACGACGUCAAGUAGCUGGUCGAACACUUGGAGAACUUGUUCGCAAAUUAGGUGAAAGUGUUUUGUCUGAAAUCGUACCAAUUCUUAAAGAGGGCCUAGAAUCUCAAGAAUCAGACAUGAGACAGGGUGUUUGUAUUGGUUUAAGCGAAGUAAUGAGUACGGCAGGGAAAGUUCAAGUCAUUGAUUAUGUUGACUCAAUUAUUCCUGCUGUUAGAAAAGCUUUGGUUGAUGAAUCAAGUGAUGUACGUGAGGCGGCUGCUCAAGCCUUUGAUACUCUUCAGCAACAUGUAGGAGAUAAGGCAAUUGACGAAAUCCUUCCAACACUUCUUAAUUCUUUACAAUCUGGAGAUGAUUCUGUAUACGCUCUAGAGGCUUUGAAAGAGAUCAUGGCUGUACGUGCUAACUUAGUUUUUCCAGUUCUUAUACCUACUCUUAUACAAACACCAAUUACUACGUUUAAUGCUCGAGCUCUUGCGUCAUUGGUAACGGUAGCCGGUCCUGCUCUUAACAAACGUUUAACACAAAUAUUAAGCGCACUUAUUGUAUCUUUGGGUACGGAAACUGAUGAAAAUGCCAUAUUAGAGUUGCAAGAAACAGAAAAAGCAUUGAUACUUUCUAUCGAUAAUGCCGAAGGUCUUCAGACUUUAAUGACAAUGCUUUUUGAGGCAGUAAAAAGUGAUGACCCUUCCCACCGAGCUGGCGCUUGUGAUAUUGUUACAAUCUUUUGUAAUGAAAGUAAAGUUGACUAUUCGAGAUAUGUAACUGAAUGGAUACGUGUACUAGUUUUACUUCUGGAUGAUCGACAGAAAAAUGUAGUAAAGGCAGCAUGGAACGCUUUAGCAGCUGUUAUCAAACCUUUAAAGAAAGAUGAAUUAGAGCAAAUAGUUAUACCUGUUCGUCGCGCGGUUAAAAGUGUUGGUGUACCUGAUGUGGACCUACCAGGCUUUUGUUUACCAAAGGGUAUUAGUCCUAUUCUUCCGAUAUUUUUACAAGGUUUAAUGUAUGGUACUGCCGAAAUUCGCGAACAAUCCGCUUUGGGUAUUGGAGACCUUAUCCAGAGAACUUCGGCUGAAGCACUUCGGUCAUUUGUUACACAAAUCACCGGCCCUCUUAUUCGUAUAAUCGGUGACCGUUAUCCUCCCCAAGUGAAAGCCGCUAUACUUCACACAUUAGGCCUUUUACUUAAUAAAGUUCCUGCUCAUCUUAAACCAUUCAUUCCUCAAUUACAACGUACUUUUAUUAAAUCUCUUUCGGACCCUUCAAGUGCUCUUGUCCGUUCAAGAGCGGCAUUAGCGCUCGGUAUUCUAAUUUCACUGCAAACUAGGGUCGACCCCCUAAUUACUGAGUUGAUUACUGGGAUAAAAACUAGUGAACCUAAUGUUAAGGAGACAAUGUUAAGUGCUUUAGAAAGUGUAAUAAAUAAAGCUGGAGCCGGAAUGAAUGAUUCUUCAAAGAAAAAUGUAAUUGGAGUUAUAGUUGAUGGUUUGAGUGAUAAUUCGGAUAAAAUGGUAAUUGGUGCAUCUCGUUUAUUUGGAAGUUUAUGCAAGCAUAUUACCCCUCAAGAGGCUAUACCUAUCAUCUCAUCUCAUGUCUUAGGUUCUCCAUCACAAAGUUCUUUAAUGGCGAUUAAUGCAAUCCUUGCUGAAUCUUCAAGAAUGUUCUUUGACAUGGGAAAUACACGCGAAAUUGUGGAAAUUAUCUCGAAAGGUUCAGCUAGUAAUUUGCCUCAUAUUGCUGAUACAGCAAUAAUGGCGGCUGGUAAGAUGUUGCUUAUUGAUAUAUAUCACGAAGAAUCUACUUUUCUUAUCGAAGCAUUAGCAACCAAUGUUCGUGAACCUGCUACUCUGUUAGGGGAGACAAAACGUUUGUCGUUAUCUGUUUUCCGAACAGUUGGAAAAAAGUACCCGCAGAUUCUUGAGCCUCAUCUUUCAAUAAUCAUACCACCUAUGAUGGCAUGUGCUCGUGAUCGAGUUGUUCCAGUAAAACUGGCAGCAGAACUUGCAUUAGUAUAUGUAUUACAACUCUUAGAAAGCGAGGCUAUUCUGCAGCAAUAUUUAUCAACAGUUGAUGAAACAACGGCAAAAUCUAUUACGGACUUCCAUAAACGCGUUCUAACAAAAAUAGUGAUACAAGAACAACAAAAAAUUCCAGUCGGAAUAACAGGUGAUAUGGAUGAGGAAGAACAAGAAAUAUGGGCAGUCGGUAACAUUGGUACCUUUGCUUCAAAUGUAAUUCAAGAGUAG